AACAUUUAAUUGUUCCCUGAGGGGGGCAGGGGCCACGAGUCUUGUGUUGUCCAUUGGAUAAAGGCCGCAUAGAUCAACAGUAUAAAAAUGUGUGGGAGAGUUUUUUCCUAUUAACAGCACAUCGCCGUUAUCAACAUGACCUCGAAGGAACCCACCUCUGAGAACUAAUUCAAAACAACGUAGAAAUAACAUUUGCACCGAUAUAGCUGCAAUCACUUAGAAACAGAAAUUGAAAAGACGCAAGAAUACACUUGGAGUGAGAGACGAUGAAUACCACGCCAAAUUCUUCAGCGGUUUUGAAUGAGCCUCACUCGUCAAGCGUCGGUGUUUUGGUGUCCGUUUUUCUGUUAUAUGGUUUGAUCGCUGGGGUUGGGAUAUGCGGUAACGUGCUAGUAUUGAAGUUUAUCCUACGCCAACACAAACUGAGAGUCAGUGAGUAUUUGAUUCUCAACCUGACGGCCACAGACAUGGGUGCGUGUAUAGUCAGCAUUCCACUGGACCUCAUCGAGCGCGCUACAAAGAGGUUCCUAUUUGGAGAGCUCCUUUGCAAUAUCAUCUACCCCCUACAGACUAUCUUGAUGUCCGUGUCGGUAAUGACUUUAUUGGGGAUGAGUAUGGAGAGAUAUCGGUUAAUUGUCACACCGUUUCGACAACACUUUGGUCCCCGUACAGUUCUUGGUGUAGUAGUCUUUGUUUGGGUUUUGUCCAUCGCUAUAGUACUCCCAUAUAUGUUGGUUCUUCGCCUAAGGGGGGACUACUGCGUGGAGGAAUGGCCUGCUGACUGGUAUCGCAAAACCUUCACUCUUGGCGUCUUCGUGUUGCUUUAUUUUGUUCCGUUAGUGAUCAUGAGUGUAUCUUACGUGAAAAUCAUAAGUUGUCUUAAUGAAGAUUCUAGAUCUCAAAUUAACGAGUGUAUGCUUGAUUGUGCGGACCGUUCGCGCGCAAAGCGUGAAAUGGCGGCCGCAAGGAUCCGGCGGAAUGUUCAGAUCGUGACGGUUUUCAUGGCAGCAGGAAUAGCAUUUGCUGCUUGUAUGCUUCCGACUCACAUUUGCUGGCUAUGGCACGACUUUGGCUCUGGGUCAACAAACCGGUACUUCACUAAUAUUGUAACUUUUACAAACGUUUUAAUGUACAGUAAUAGCGCGAUAGAUCCAUUUAUUUUCGGUUCAAUCAAACUAAGGCGGCUAUGCUUGGAUGUCAUAUGCGGCCGAGUGUGCUUUGUGAACGUUGAAGAACAGCCGAUAGUAAUUCUACGCACACGGCUAUUUAGUAUUGGCCAGUUGGUCAGUAUUGGUCAAUUGAGGCCUUACGGAGGAUUCUCCGAGGAGGAAGAAGUCAUCACCGAGAGAGUCACAUGUCUUUAGGCAAGUGCUAGCUCUGCUGAGCGUCCUCGCCUCCUACCAUACCGUACCCUUGGGUUUCUGUGAUGGUCGAUGUUUCAUUUUUGAUGAUAGAAUGGAUGUCAAAACAUUUUAAAAGCAUUUUUGUCUUUUUUUUAGCAAGUAAGCUACUACAUUUUAUCAACUCCAUUUUAUAGUGUGACGCACGCUACCGUGUUCCAUGCUAGCAGAGGCCUUUUUUCUCUGUAUUUCGCUGGGCUGGCUUUGGCGAGGAAAAGAGUAUCUUUUCCACGCGAACGCCAGCCAAGCGAAAUACAGAGAAAGGAGGCCUCUGCUAGCAUGGAAGCUACCGUGGCCACUAAUACAUGGUUGUAGCGAUAGCAACUCUGUCUUGUAGCAUAGAAACAACGCAUAACAACGCUCAGAAACAACGCAUAACACUCGAUUUAUCUGUAUAAUGAAUAUCUUAUUGCCCUCGUUGGGCAUGUAUAAAGCUUAAUAAAAAUCAUUUUUUCUAUCGA